AUGGAGUCCUCGCCCCUGAUUCUGGCCCACGACCACGCCCGAGCUGCUUCCGUGGCCACCCAGAGUUCGGAUACGACGGUGGCAAUCAACGAACAUGCGCUGGCAGCCGGGGAAUUUGCAAGGGCUGCAGCUGGUACUGGCAGUGCGGAGGCGUUGCGGACACUCCGACUACUCGAGCAACAUCACCAGCGGCUCUCUGAACUCCUUCGCUACCCGUCCGAGAACCCACCUGCUACAGCGACAGCGACAGCGACAACGACAACGACAACAGCGAUAGAUUCUGCCGAGACAGAGGUGCCGCCCGUGUCAGAGAAGCCGCUCUCGACAUCAGCGGCGCUCGCAGAGCUACGAGCUUCCAAGUCGGAUCUGGGUCUGGCUCCGGGUCCGAGUCCGAGUCCGAGGUCGUCCUCGCCUCUUCGAAACCCUCCAAGUCUGUCGCAUCCUCGCCGUCUGCCUCCCCGAGACUUGAGCUCAUCGAUCGCGAGUAAUCUUGCUUCCGCGAGGGGAAUACGCGCCAACUAUGCUAGGCAGCCACUCUCCCCAAGUGUCUCUACUCAACAAGCGGCUGGAGGAUUAGAAGCUCUUCCUCGUAGAGAUGGCAAGCGCUCCAAGGUUCCGGCUACUAUUCCCGAGAUCUCUCAGCCAAGCUGGGUUCCGCCUGCGGUAGUCGGUUCAAAGAAGUCGGAUUCUCAAGUAUCAGCUGUCGUCGCAGAAGUACCAACUGCGAGCGACGAGGGCUUCUCCCGAUUCUACAAUACCUUCGAGAGCUUCCUCUCCAAGCUCUCCGCUCCUCUUGCAUUCGCCGGUCUGCCCUUGAUUUCUGAGGAAGGUCAAGCUCCACCCCCCGAACCGAUCAAAGGCAAGCAACGUCCCCAGAGCAACGACAGGUCCAGCUCGGAUCCAGACAUCACGAAAUACAUCUCACGCGCAGCACUCCGUGCGUCGGCUCGUGACGGUCAGUCCGGGAAUGACUCAUUCUACGUGGUGCCUACCGGUGGCGGCACAAUUCCGUACGCAGCCAUCGUAUCUUACGAGCGAAAGGAGAAGCGACGAAUGGCAGCAUCCAUACAUAGUGAGAACGCCGACCUUUUCGCUGAUCCAAACGAUGAUGACGAUUUCGUGGAUGCAAGGGAAACACCCAUGCCCGCAUCCCCAUCAGCGUCUAGGCGAAGCUUCGCACGCAAGCUGAGUAGCCGGGAAGUUGAGCACAAAGUCGAGGAACUGGACACGGAGAACAAGAGCCUGAAAGACUGCAUCGAUAAACUCAGUAAACGACUCCAUGCCUUUGAGAUGUCUGCUCAGCAAAACAGUAUGGCGCUUCAGGAGAGCAUUCGCUUGACGCAAAAUAUGAGUCCAGCGAGAGAACUGCCUGGUCGCGGGGACGAAGGCCUGAAGCGAAGGAUGCUGGAACUGGAAGAACAUGUUUCCUUCGGUAGAAGAGAGAUUGAGAGGCUGGGAAGGGAGAACGAGAAACUGAAGAGCGUCUUGGUCCGGUAUCGCGAGCGGUGGGAGACGUUGAAGGAAGGCGCAAAGACGCGGCGAGAUGGUACCGCGAGUAAGGAUGCUGGAAGUAAGGGAGUACCCAAGAAGGACGGUGACCCUGCUGCUGGUCGCUUUGUGGCUGGAUAA